AGCCGGCCUCCCUGCAGCCCAUGCCUGCCAUGCUCGCCACCAAGGCAGUGGGCCAGGCAGUGGCACAUUGCCCCCGGCUCUCCACUUGCAGCGGCAGCAGGUCCAACCGGUUUAGAGUGCAGCCGCUGCGCCACGGCCCCCCUCAGCUGCAAGCCCCACGGUCUUCAGCCCCACGCUGCCGGCCCGCAUCGGUGCGUACUGCAGCCAUGGCGGCGAGCACAGAGACCAAGAGUGUCUCGGGCACCAUGGCGGAGCUGAAGAAGCAGGGCAAGGUGGCGUUCAUCCCCUUCCUCGUGGCUUGCGACCCGGAUGCGGCCACCACCGUCAAGGCGCUGCAGAAGCUAGACGAGCUGGGCGCCGACGUGAUUGAGAUGGGCUUCCCUUACUCCGACCCACUGGCUGACGGUCCCACCAUCCAGGCCGCCGCCACCCGCGCGCUGCAAAAGGGCACGACCAUGGACAAGGUGCUGGAUGUGGUGCGGCAGGCCAGCGCCACCAUCCGGGCACCCAUCGUCAUGUUCACUUACUACAAUCCCAUCAUGGCCCGCGGCCUGGACAAGUUCUGCCGCCAGGCCAAGGAGGCCGGCGCGUCGGGCCUGCUGGUGCCUGACAUCCCUCUGGAGGAGACGCCCGAGAUCCGUGCCGUGGCCUCCCAGCACGGCCUGGAGCUGGUGCUGCUGACCACGCCCACCACGCCGCAGCCACGCAUGCGCGCCAUCGCCGAGAGCUCUCAGGGCUUUGUCUACCUGGUGUCGCUCACCGGCGUGACGGGCAUGCGCGGCAGCAUGGAGUCGCGGGUGGAGGGCCUCAUCAAGCAGCUGCAGUCGGUGACGGACAAGUCGGUCUGCGUGGGCUUUGGCGUGUCAGGGCCGGAGCAGGCACAGCAGAUCAAGGCGUGGGGCGCGGAGGGCGUCAUCUGCGGCAGCGCGCUGGUCAAGGCGCUCGGCGAGUCUGGCUCGCCAGACGAGGGAUUGAAGCGGAUGGCCGAGCUUGCCAGCAGCCUGCGUGCGGUCAUCUGAGCCGCCCUGCCAUUUCAUUCUGCCCGGCCAGCCUUUGAUGUAACCUCCCCAGCC